GAUGCAGUGCUUGGCAUUCGGUCGGAUUUUGGUGGAUGGGCCGCGACGGGCUGUGCGUUUCCGGCGAUUCCUAUCGCACGGAAGAGAAGAUGCGAUGCAUAGGAGCCUGCCCUGCCCCUCCCCAAUCCAAACGCUAGGCCUAGGCGGCGGCGCGGCUAGGCCACCAGCGGGCUGCGGCGUGAGUGCGAGGCCGGCGGCGAGGGCCCGCUCAGCACGAGGCACGACCGCGCCACCCGCUGCGGGCGGACGGCGGCCAGGCAGCCAGACCUGAGCAGCGCCGGGCGGCAGGCCGCAGCCCGCAGCUCGCAGCUCGCAGGCGCGGCUCCAUCGCUCCUCCAGGUGCCAGCGACCAGCGGCGAGCGCCCUGAGCGCAAGGGACAACCGAGACCUUAACCAUCAAGGACUCAACCAUAAGGAGGAGGAAGAGUGGCAGUGCCACUACUGAUUUGAGAUCUUUCUUGGAAAGUUGCCUUGUAAUUUGAUGCCCGAGCAAGUGGGUCAUGUCUGAAUGCUUGAUGAGGCUAGCAGGCUAGUAGCCUCAAAAAAGAACUUGAGGUGCCCAAAACCGCGACUCCCAAAGCCCUAGGAGCCUCAAUUCCUCCCUACCAUGGCCAUUGCCCCCUACAUACUCCGCCUCUCCCCACCGCGGCUCGAAACUCCUCCCCUCCCCCAGCUCCUUCCUCGCCUCCGCCGCAGCGGGUCUGCCAAAGUAGCUGCUGUUGGCACCAGCUGGGCUCCUGCUGCCGGCGAAUCCAGUGAUGGUGUCAGCGGUUGGUGGGUCCCCGAGCACGAGAAGCCAGUGGGACAGGGGCAGAGAAAGACUGGGUUUGGGAUAGCUGUCCCUGUCGGGCUGGGAGCUUCUGCGGCGAUCGCCUUGGCCGGGCUGGCGUGGCAGUCCCCGUCAUCCAGGAACUGUUUACAGCAACUCGUAGUUGCUCCAUUGCAUUAUGUUCAAGAGAAAUUGUCACCAGAGUCAGCAGAGACACCCAAUGAGGAUACAAGUGACAGAGAACCUGAUGGAGUUUUCAGCACAACACCAGAUGAGAAGGCUGAAGCAGUUAUUGAUGAUUCAAUGCCAAAUAAUACAUCUGUUCGCAGCCAUUUUUUAUUUACAGCUCCUAUAGAUCCUGUACAUGAGGAGGCUUUCUCUAUAUUGAAGAAGCUACAGAUAAUUGAGAAAGAUGUUAGCCCCAGUGAUUUUUGUACUCGGAGGGAAUUUGCAAGAUGGUUCGUUAAGUUGUACUCAAAGUUUGAGAGGACAAGGAUGCAAAGAAUUGUUCCUAAUAAAUUAACUUCUGGCUCAAUCCAAAGUGCCUUUGAUGAUGUAAAUGUUGAUGACCCUGAUUUCUUGUAUAUCCAAUCUUUAGGAGAAUCUGGUAUUGUACCGAGUAAGAUAUCAAACUCCUUGGAAACUUCGACAGGUGGUUUUCCUAGUUGUCAGGGAAAUUCUUUAUUCCUACCUGAGAGUUAUCUCUCUCGUUUUGAUCUUGUUAACUGGAAAUUGCUUGUGGAACAUCCACGUGCAUUGGAAAUAGACCAAAAGAUGCUGAAUCAAAAUGUUCGCAUUUUGCAUAUUCCUGAUUGCCCAGAUGUGUCUCCAUCCAUGCUCAUAGAGCUGAUGGCUGGUGAGAACAACAUCAUCAGCAAAGUUUUCGGAAAUACAAGACGCCUUCAACCACUCAAACCUGUAACAAAAGCACAAGCAGCUGCUGCACUGACCAGUGGUAGAAUGGAGGAGGCAAUUCGGGAUGAGUUAAACAGAUUAGAAGCAGAAAACCAAGCCCAUCUUUCUGCCAUAGCUGAAAUAAUGGAAGAAUUAAUUAGUAAAGGAGAUAUACAACAACAAUGGGAGGAGAAGAUGAAAAAGGAGCAACAACGAGCUUUCGAAGUUGACAAGGAUCUUCAACAUGUGUUGCAUGAGCUUGCAAUUGAGAAAACAGGCAGAGAAAGAGAAGUAGAAGACUUGUUGAAAGAAAAAGCAGCUUUAGAGUGCCAGAAUCAGGAACUCAUAAAUCUAAGGUCAGAAAUUGAUGGCAUGUAUGAUACACUGGCAACCGAGAAUGCAAAGGUCAUGGCUGAUCAGCAGAAUUUGGAAAACCUAUUGUCAGAUGUAACCAGCAAGCAUCAAGCUGUCAAUGAAGCUAAAUCACACUUUGAAGCUGAAAAGGAAGCCCUUACAAUGCUAAGGACUUGGGUAGAGGAGGAAGGAGCAAAAGUUCAUGAACAAGCUGAGACACUCAAAAAAGCUGUACGAAGAUGGCGAGUCCCAGUAGAUUCACCCCUGCAAGCUAACUAGGCAUUGCAUCGUUUAAGACCUGCUCAAAAUUUUUGGAGCUCUUUGGUUUCAGCGCAUCUGCUGUCUGAUCUGAAUGAUUAUCAGUGGUGCUGAAUGGUUGACGACUCUUGUUCUCCGAAAUCCUCAUUUUCCAUUGGUGCUUCCUACUGACUUCUGUAAUUCGAGGGCACUGAGUUUCGUGUGGACCUGGUUCUUUUUAUCUUUCCGCUGGCAAAUGUAGAUAUUUUGUUGCCUUGAUGUUGUGGUGAUGCUUUCUCAAGUCUCAGUUGGAUCAUGAAUUCAAUGUUGCAUUGUGUGCAUACCUUGGUCCCA